AUGAUCUCGCUGUGCCCCCUACCACCCUCGCAACCGCGGUCGACCUCCCUCUUGCUCCUCUCCCCUCUCCUCUUUGCGUAUGGCAUUUCUGCCCAUGGAGAUCAUACCGAUAAAAUUCCAGAGGGAGAGGCCAUCUCGUCCGAUCCGCUCGAUUCACGGCUGUGGACACACAUCCUUCUCAUGGUCCUAUCAUUUGGCAUGAUAUUUCCCUAUGGGAUGGUUUUGGGUAUUGUGAGGAGCAGAUGGCACGUCCCCGUCCAAAUUGUCGGCACAGUGGUGGCGAUUGUGGCGUAUUUUCUCGGUCAUAUGCAUAAGGGACGGCAAUUCAGGCACCCGAAUGUUCACGCCAGCUUUGCCAACGGUUUGGUGUUGACGCUGAUCGUGCAGGUCGGCCUUGGUGUCGGACUCAAACUACAUUUGGAAGAAAAGAAGGGCUGGGUGGGCAGAGUCUUUGGAGGAAAGAUUGGAAAAGGAGGAAGACGCGGAGUGGUCAUGAUCCAUGGCUGGCUGGGAAAAGUCAUGCCCAUCAUCUCUUGGACGCAGAUGCUCUUCGGUGGCAUCGUGGCCAUGGGAUAUUGUCGAGGCGACCAUCUCGGGCAGUGCCUGGCCCAUUUCAUUAUGGGCUCCGCGUUCAUUGCUUAUGGAAUAAUCAUGACACUUCUCCUGCUUGUGGGCCAGGCCUGGCUGAGAAGCACUGGUCGGAGUCAAGAGUUUUUUGACAGCAUUGUCAUUGCCGCCUGGGGCUGUGUGAACACGUUCACCGAACACCGGUGGGGUCACCCCUGGGUCAAGAACGAUUUACAACAUACGAGCAUGGGCAUCGUCUGGUGGUGUGCUGGCCUUUUGGGUGUCUGGCUCUCCAGGUCAAGAAAUGGCCGGCCAAAACGAAACCUAUUGCCGGGCCUGGUCAUCUUGCUGACGGGUUGGGCCAUGAGCGCUCAUCCUCAAGACAUCGCUUUGAGCACAAUGGUGCAUACCGUCUUUGGAUGUACGCUCAUGGCCGCAGGAGCUUGCCGAAUCAUUGAAAUCUCCUUUCUUCUCAAAGAUAGCAGAGGCACCAGCGAAGUUAACAGUUGGCAGCAUCUUCCACCUUUCCUCCUCUAUGCAUCCGGAUUCCUCUUCAUGGGCGCGACUGAAGAACAGAUGAAACUACUGUCGGAUGCCGAAAUUACUCACGUCAGCUACAUCCUCAUCCUCUACUCAAUCGCGUUCCUUUUGUAUCUCUUUGUCAACAUUCUGCUCUAUGUCUACGCAUCUCAUGCAUGGCCUGAUGAUGAAAGCAACGGGGCCGGCGGCUCUCUACACGACAGCUCAUCGCGCAACAUGAGCAUCGCCUGUCCCAGCCAUUCGAAGAAAAUUUCCGUAAUCCCUGGGAGUAUCCCUAGCGGACCCAAUGGGUCGGCGAGACUUCCCCGUCAUCGGGUCACGGAUAGUCAGCAGGUGAGAGAUGCGGAGGAAUUUGAGCUUGAAGGGCUCAUUAGCGAUGAGGAGGGAGAUGAUAGUCCACAGAUUGGGAAGAAGAAGAAGGAAGCUGCAGUGUAA